GCCCUCCACCUUCAGAGCCACAGAGCCACUAAGGAAGACCCUGUGCAUCUGCUUUGUUUGUAUCUGCUCACCAGCCUUCAACAAAAUGGGUCGACAGAAGUUUUAUUUGGACAAACUGGCCCGCUUCUUUCAGAUCCGUAACCUGCUGCUCCGCCAGGCCCUGGCAGAGUGUCUAGGCACUCUCAUCCUUGUGAUGUUUGGCUGCGGCGCCGUGGCCCAAAGUGUGCUGAGCGGCGGCACCCAUGGCAGGUUCCUCACUAUCAACUUUGCCUUUGGCUUUGCUGCCAUGUUAGGCAUUCUGAUCUGCGGCCAAAUAUCAGGUGGACAUUUGAAUCCUGCAGUGACCUUUGCGCUUUGCCUGCUUGGAAGAGAGCGCUGGAGAAAGUUCCCCAUGUACUUCCUCUUUCAGACAAUCGGAGGUUUUUUCGGCGCUGCCGUUAUCUUUGGCAUGUACUACGAUGCCUUGUGGGAUUUCCCAGGAUGUUUUAAUCUCACUGACGAUUCUUCCACUGCUGGCAUUUUUGCCACCUAUCCCGCAAAACACCUCACACUUGUGAAUGGAUUCUUUGACCAGAUUAUUGGCACGGCAGCCCUCAUUGUUUGCAUUCUGGCGAUUGUGGACCCGUUCAACAACCCAAUCCCCCAGGGCUUGGAGGCCUUCACUGUGGGAUUUGUGGUUCUGGUCAUUGGACAGUCGAUGGGCUUCAAUUCUGGUUACGCUGUCAAUCCUGCCAGAGAUCUCGGACCACGUCUUUUCUCUGCCAUCGCUGGUUGGGGAACUGCAGUUUUCACGUUUAGAGAUGGCUGGUUUCUGGUGCCGACUUUCGCUCCAUUCCUUGGUGCCAUUACUGGCACGAUGAUUUAUCAGCUAAUGGUUGGCUUCCACUUGGAGGGAGAAGUGCGUGACCGGGAAGAGAACAAGAACAAAGAGGAAAAUCUACAACUCACCGUCAGCUCCAACCCCAAAUCUAAUUCCAAUGGCAAAGAGGCUAAUUGCUAAAGCCAGGCUCAGAAAGAGUUGUCCUGAAUGCUAGACACAUGCCAGUGGCUCCGAAAUCUACUCAUGUAAAUAUCGAUAUAGCACAGCUGUAUUAUUCCUGCCACUUAUAUGUUAUAUGUUAAGAAACAGUCCUAAUAACACAUUUUCUUUACAUUGUUGUGUAGCUGUAUUAUGGAGGAAUUUCUGUACAAUAUGAGUAGAGACACUAUUUCUAAAGGACGUUAUAUUUCACAUCAGAGACGUUAAUCUGAAUGAACGUGUCUCAUCGUACUUCCUUUUUCAGCAGUAUUUUAUACUUUGACAUUGUUUUUCUUGUAAUUUUUUUUUUAUACAUUUCUUUGUCAAGUAAGUUUUCUAGUAAAGUCAUUAUAUGGCAAUUUGAGAUUCUGUUGUUUUCUUCAUUUUUUGGCCUGGUCAUUUUAAAAGAAGAAUUCAAGAUAACAUUUAGCAAAAUGCCAACUAAUGAAACUAUCUAUGUGGAAGAACAUUACAAAAAAAAAAAAACAACAACCCAUAAACUGCGGCUAACAAAUCAUGUUUGUUAACUGAGUUAAGCUGAGCAGAGGGCAGGUUUCCUGUCACCUUUAGAGAUUAACCACUGUUCUUUUAAAACAACUAUUUUCAGCUGUUGUUCAGGCAAGUUCAGUUCACCAAGUUCAGUGGGAUUCUUCUUUACAAAGAAUCCCGCAUGUCCUUUUCUGUUUGAAACAAAAAAAAAAAACAUUUUGAAAAAGGUUUUCCCAGAUAAAACUGUCCCUUUAAAAGAAUGUUUGGUGCUUAUAGAGAAAUGGUUAAAUAUCAUCAUAGUGUUUGUAUAAAUGGCAUUGAGCUUUUGUCUUGCUUUUUUUGCUGGGGUUUUUGUUAUUGUUAUUCUUAUUGUUGCUCCCACAGCUGUUGAUGGUUUCGCACAUUGUGCAACUGCAGUUGGGUGUAAAACUAAAAUCUUUCUGGUUUGUGUUUUGUGCAAAGGCAGGGCGGAAAUGCUUUGAUACCAAAACAAUGAAGUUCUGUUUUUAUGCUGAAGCCUGAAAGCAGCUUGUAUUACUCUCUUGCUUGUAUCAGGUGGUGCCUGGAGCCAGAUUACAGCCGAUAAAAUAAAAAGAACAACUUUAAAAAGUA